AUGGCGUCUGCGUCUGCUGGAGUCGCAGCUGGCGACGCAAAAGUUAAUGCGAAAAAUAAUACAAAAUCAUUAUUAGGAAGUAACGUUUGGGUUUUUGAAAUAUCUUGGGAAGUAGCAAGGCAAAUUGGAGGAAUUCAUACAGUUAUCAAAUCAAAGGCCGCUAUUUCAACUGAAGAGUUGGGAGAUAAUUAUUGUCUAAUUGGACCUCUCAUUGAAUCACAAACCUGGUCAGAAAUAGAAGUUAUUGAAGCGGAACAAAAAUCAAAUAUUCAAUAUGCUCUUCAUUGUCUGAGAAAUUCUGGAUACAGGGUUGUUGUAUAUGGUAGAUGGCUGAUAGAGGGUUAUCCAAAGGUCAUCUUAAUGGACAUAUCUACAGCAAUGAAGGAAUUGGAAGAAUUUAAAAAAGAAAUAUGGGAUGAAGCAAAUAUUGGAAUACCUUGGAAUGACACAGGAGCAGCUGAUGCAGUUGUAUUUGGAUUUAUGACAGCAUUGCUGCUUGAAAAAUUUUGCAAAGAUCUACCAGAAGAUCAUUCAGUAGUUGCUCAAUUUCAUGAAUGGAUGGCAGGAGUUGGACUUAUUGUGAGCAGGGCUCGCAAAUUAAAAGUUGCUACUAUUUUCAGUACACAUGCCACUGUGCUUGGGAGACAUUUGUGUGCUAGUAGAGUUGAUUUUUAUAACAAUAUAUCCAAGUUCAGCUUGAACAAAGAAGCUGGGGAUAGAAACAUUUAUCAAAGGUACUGCAUAGAAAGAGCCAGUGCUCAUGUUGCUCAUGUUUUUACCACAAUUUCAGACAUUCUGAGUUUCGAAGUUGAACAUCUUUUGGCCAAAAAACCAGAUUUGGUACUUCCAAAUGGUCUGAAUGUGAAAUCAGAUUUUGUUCAUGAGAUUCAAAACCGACAUUCUAAUGCAAAACAGAAGCUUCAUAAUUUUGUCAGAGGGCACUUUUAUGGACAUUUCAAUUUUGACUUGGAGAAGACGUUGUAUUUCUUUAGUGCAGGAAGAAAUGAGUUUUCCAACAAAGGUGUUGAUAUGUUUAUUGAAUCUCUUGCCAGACUUAAUCAUAGAUUAAAGAUAUCAAAUUCUGAUAUGACUGUUGUUGCUUUUCUAAUAUUCCCGACGGAAUGCAACAACUUCAAUGUUGAAUCGUUGAGGGGCCAGGCAGUGUCCAUGCAGUUGAAAGAAGUGGUCAACCAGAUGCAAAAAGAUAUUGGCAAAAGAAUUUUAGAUUCCUCUCAUUGUUCUAAUUUAUUCAGAGGUCAUGUUCCCGAUAUUGACACAUUGCUGACAGAAAAAGAUAUUGUUCAACUGAAAAGAUGCAUUAUGUCAGCUCAGAGAAAAACCCUUCCACCGAUAUGUACGCAUAACGUCACAAAUGAUGUUAGUGACCCGAUUCUAUGUGCUUUAAGAAGCUGUAGGCUCUUCAAUGACACGUCAGAUAGAGUUAAAGUAAUAUUCCAUCCAGAGUUUCUUCAUUCAAAUAAUCCAUUGUUUGGAUUGGACUAUGAAGAUUUUGCAUCUGGAUGUCAUCUCGGAGUUUUUCCCUCUUAUUAUGAACCAUGGGGAUAUACUCCAGCUGAAUGCACAAUAAUGGGAGUUCCUAGCAUAACAACCAAUUUGUCUGGGUUUGGGUGUUUCAUACAGCAGCAUACUACAGACCCCGCAGCUUACGGUGUCUACAUUGUUGACAGAAGGUACAAAAGCGUUGAAGAGUCUAUUGAGCAACUAACUGGAUAUAUGAUGGAUUUCUGCCAGCAGACAAGAAGGCAACGCAUUAUACAGCGUAAUAGAACAGAACGUUUGAGUGAAUUGUUGGAUUGGAAGCAUCUAAGUAUUGUAAGAAAUUUUAUCUCGCAAUGCUUAUUUUUAACGUUUCAUAAUACAAAGCAUUUGUAA